AUGGUUCCGAAACCAACCGGCAAAGGUGCGAAGAAGGCUGUGAAGUCCACCAAAGUCUCGAAGACCGAUGGUAGGAAAAGAAGAAAGGCGAGAAAGGAGACCUACUCUGUCUACAUCUACCGUGUUCUCAAGCAGGUCCACCCCGACACUGGAAUCUCCUCCAAAGCCAUGAGCAUCAUGAACUCCUUCGUCAACGACGUCUUCGAACGCAUCGCCGCUGAAGCUUCAAGGCUCGCCCAGUACAACAAGCGCUCCACCAUCUCAUCCCGCGAAAUCCAAACUUCGGUUCGUCUGAUCCUUCCUGGAGAGUUGGCAAAGCACGCUGUGUCCGAAGGCACAAAGGCUGUAACCAAAUACACCUCGUCCAAGUAA